AUGGCGCAUUUUGACCACCCGGACAGUGUAAUCUGGAGCGACCUUUGCGACGCCCUGACAAGGCUGCCAUUUCCCAGCGAAGGUGGCGAAAGCUUCGGGUUUGAUAGUGGGCCGUACGAGGAACCGUCCCUGGAACAGUUCCUACAGUCUCAACGGGAGCAACCAAGGUGCAACCCUGAAGUAGAGAAGACGCUGGCAGGUCGAUCAAAUCCGAGUGACUUGUUUCGGUGCCUUCCACUGGAGAUCAUAGAGGCUACUGGUGCGCUUCUCCCCACUCACGAUGCCCUCAAAAGCCGGCUUGUAUCACGAUCACUGGGUGUUCUAUUCCACAGUCUCAGGUUCUGGAAGACGCGGUUCGAUAUCAACGCAGAACGGGGGUUUCUCAACUAUUUCCUCCGGGAAGGCCAAGCGAUCGACUGGCGACUGCUGUACCACAGCACGUGCAUAAUGAGAUGUGGUCGUUCGUUUGACGCCGGGGGGGGGUCUCUCAUGGAGUUUGGGGGUCGGGCCUUGCAGCACUACCACCAUACCUCGUGGCCGGGACAUUAUUCCCGCGCCAUUCGAUUCCCGCCGGACCUGGUGCAAAUCGGCUUCUCGGCAGGUCUGGAGAGGGGAGGCGACUGGAACGAUAUCAAGGGGCUGGAGCUCAUUCGACGGGACGGGCCAAAUAUCCUUCUGGGAUCGAAAGUCCCAGGGGCUCGAGUGGUGAUGGAGGAAGAGCCCGAAUUGCAGCACUUUCACCAGAAUGGGUCCAGGAUGAUCGAACAUGAUUUGACUGCCUUUUACACAUAUCCGGGAAUUCAUGUGCUAUUGGAUGCACGGUCACUCCGAGGGGUUUCCUUUGAUCGUCAGACGCCGGGGCGUGUCAUUGGAAUUCAAUUACUUCGAUCCAGCGGCGACUCUGCGUCGGUCGGCCACGGCGAGAGUACCACAUACGCAGAAGGCUACAGCUUCAACAAGGACGAACCUGUCGAAUUAAAUGUCACAUUUGAUCUUCAUGGGCUGGUACACCUGGGCGUUCGAGGCUAUGGGAGCGUGCAGAUGGAACCCCACUUCGAAGCUGGUUUAAUUCAAAAUUUCAAUUUUAGAGACCUAUGGUUUAGCAGUCCGUAG